AUGCUCCAGCAUCUGUUUCUGUUCAGCGUUCUUGGAGUGCUGCUGAGGCCGGUGUGGUGCGACAGCAUCACAGUGUGUGAGGAAGACGACGGCGACCUGCGGGUGGACUGCCUGGUCAAGGCCGAGCCCAACAAAAUCAGCAGUUAUGAGUUUUCGUGGUCAUCAGGUUCCAAGCAAGCUCUCAUCAACGCCAAUGUGUCCGGCCUGGCGGCUGAGGCAGAGUUCAGAAAAGUGAGUCACGUGACGGAGGUGGAGCCGCACGGCUACAGAUUGACGUUGAGUGGUUAUCGGGAUAAACUGCCGCACAACACCACCUAUAUGUGCAAGAUAACUGGAGAGGGAGCCAGCAUUAACGUGGAGAGAGAUCAUCUUGUUCCAUGCGGAGCUGUCAGCGUGCUUCUGAAGCGCUCCUGGAUAUUCGCCAUGCUGGUUUUUCUCCAAUUACAUGCAUUGACUUAA